AUGUCGAAACAAUACCUCACCCUCCACACGGUCGACGACGCCCAUCCUACCGACAUCUUUGCCAUUGCUCCCACCAAAACUGGCCUGCUGUCCGCCUCUGGCUCCUCGAGCAUCCGCGUCUAUUCCACCACCGAGCCCGAGUUCCCGCUGACUCAAACCAUACAAGACGCACAUAAAAUCGGCUGCCACCACAUAGCAACCUCUGCAAAUGGCCAAAAGGCUGCAAGCGCUGGGUUUGGUGGUGAGGUGAAGCUCUGGGCCUUGGCUGAAGAUGGCAGCUGGACGGCCGAGGGCUCUAUUGUGGACGGAAGCAAAGCUGGCGAAGUCUGGGCCAUCUCGCUAAGUGAGGACGGCACGUAUCUUGCAAGCACAACGCAUGACGGACGCAUCAAUGUUUGGCAGACGUCCUCGAGAGAAAAGAUCAGAGAAUUCGAGACAAAGGGUAGCUUCGGAAACUGCAUCCACCUCAGCGUCGACGGCCGCUUCACUGCGUCUGGCCACGAGAACGGAAGCAUAUAUGUCUUCAACAACGAGACUGGUCGCCUGCUGCAUUCGCUACCUGGUCUGAUCAAGCCAAUUAGGGCCCUGGCCUUCUCCCCGGGAUGCAAGCUAUUGGCUGCUGCUGGUGAUGCUCGAACAAUCGCAUUGUACGAUGUCAGCUCAGGAGAGCAGGUGGCAAACCUCUCAGGCCAUGCUGCCUGGAUCAUGAGUCUUGACUGGAAUGACACGGGCGAAUACUUGCUCACUGGGUCUUUCGAUGGGAAGGCCAAAAUAUGGUCGAUAGAGACCAAGACGUGCGUGGCUACCCAUUCUGAGUCAGAUAAGACAUUGUGGUCGGUCAAGUGGUUGCCAAAGACUCACCGCGCUGAAAUGUUUGCCGUUGCUGGUGCCGGCAAGAGCAUCUCCUUCUACAGGGAAGCCAGUGGCAGCUGA